GCUCCGCCUCCUCGCUUUAAAACUGGACGCGUCGGCUCGGGUUCCUCAUCGCGAGGGUUUUUUGCUGCUGCCGAGAGGAGUGGAGGCGCUUCCAGAUCUCCUCCCCUCUCUACUCCCGUCAUGAGCCGAUCGGGGCAGCCCCCGGAUCUCAAGAAGUACAUGGACAAGAAGCUCCAGAUCAAGCUGAAUGCAAACCGUGUAAUUGUUGGUACGCUCCGUGGAUUCGAUCAGUUUAUGAAUUUGGUGGUGGACAACACGGUAGAGGUCAAUGGAAAUGACAAGACUGAUAUUGGAAUGGUGGUUGUCAGGGGGAACAGUGUUGUGAUGAUUGAGGCAUUGGAGCCAGUGCCCAAAUCCCAGUGACUCCCGUGGCAUAUUCCUGAUUCAGUAGCUAUAGAGCUGGUAGCAAGAAAACUGAUGUAUAUGCUGUUGAUGUUCUUGUUGUACCUUGUCCUUAACUGAUGUGUGGAAUAUUGACUUCGUUUCUUGAAUAUGGAAUGACAAACCUUUGAUAUUUUUGUUUGCAA